UCUCGCAUGGCCUGCCCAUUUGAAGCCGCGAUCGCGCAGGUCCGACAGUUCGGGGCGUUCGCCUCCGCGGGCGCGCUGCCGCCGUUGCCAUCGCUCCUCUUGGUACUGGAUGGCGUGGACGACCCGCUCGAAUGGCCGCUCUGCGCCGCCCAAGCCGCGCAGAUAGACGCACGCUAUCCGUCCUGCAUCGUCCCCGCCACCAACAUGAGGUUCGUUGGCGAAGAGGGCUACGCCGCAAUGCUCGCCGAGCUGCACAAGCACGUUCUCAAGCGCAUGGGGCCGACGGGUGCGAUGCAGCUCCAGCUCUCGCACUUGGCGAUCGACAACGUUGGCGACGCGGCGACGUUGCAGCUGCGUCCGACGAGUGGCGACGCCAUGGACAACACGCUCACGUUUGGCUCGGUGGUCGUGUUCCUUCCGUCCAUUCGCGAAGGCGGCGCCAUCACGUUCGCGUAUGGCAGCGAGACAGAGACCGUUGACGUUGAUACGUCGCCGGUCGUGACGACCUUUGCGUCGGCUUUUCUCAGCACGUCGAUCACGUCGGCGCCGAUUGUAUCGGGUCGCCGCGUCGCGUUGGUCUUCCGCUUGGUCUACGACGAGAAGCACGAGGAUAUGCGACUGGCGCCGCCCAACCAAAAACCGGCCAUUGCAGCGUUCACGGCGCUCGCCCACUCACCCUUGGAUCGGGUCCAGCGCAUUGGUCUGCCCGUUGCGCUUGCGGACAAAGGCGGUGGUUUGACGUUUGAUGGUCUGGACCGCGUCGACACGGGCCUCGUCCACUUCUUCUUGUCGAUGAAGAGCUUUGACGUCGCUCUGGCUUAUUGCUGCGCGGACUCGGAAGAGUCGGAGAACCGAAUCAGUCAGGUAGUGCUGCAUCCGGCGUGCGGCGCGCCGCCCGAGCUGCAAGACGCGUGCGACUACAAGUACUUGGAUCUCAUGUUACACGGACGCGACCAUGGCAUGCGGUACGAGUAUGUGCUGGCUUUUUGGCCGACGCACCACCGCGUGGUCAUCGCCGACCGGGCCGACGCGCUGACGUACUUGGCCGCGACGCUGCUCGGCGAUACACCAUGGGCCGAGCUGGUCGGCGAUGCGCCUCGGGCGACGAGCGUCUUUGGGUUCACAGACACGAACGCCGUCUUGCGAGCCACCAUGUCGACGUUCCGCGCCGAACGCGCGCGCGAGCAGACUCUCUGCGGGCGCCGCUGGUUUCUUGAGCACCGUGCGACGCUCAGUGAGCGACCGCUGACGACCCUCUCCCGGCUCUUGACGCACCAAAACGAUCUCGACUUGACGCUCCUGUUCAUCGCCGACAUUGUCUCGAUCCAGCGCAACGUCUGCAUGUCGGAGCUCGCGCUGUGGCUGCAUGGCCUCUUCAUAGCGCAUGGAUGGGGCCCAUUCCAACCGGCCUUCCUACAGCUUGUUGCGCGCUGGUGCGCCAACGACAUGGCCGAUCUGCUGCACUUUCUGGCGAGCUUGGCCGGCCUCGACGAUGCCCCGCUGUGUCCACCACUGCGCCAAAAGCACAGCGCCGAGCUCCUCAAGCGCUGCUGGGCGAGUCUCCAACUCAGAUUCCGGUAUCGCGAGGUCCGUCGUGAGGCUGCGAUUGUCAAGUACUGUCUCCUUCUCGAAGCAUAUGUCUCCCACACGGCGCCCGAGCGCGCGUACGCCAACUAUUUGGGCGACCACCUCCCACCGGUGCUAGUUUCGGUCGUCGACGGCUUUGCCUUGCCGUCCCCACCCUCGAUCGACCGGCUCUUCUCGCCGUUCAAGAACGCCAACAUGGCCGUGGGACUCGCAGCCGCCAUCAAAUGCAACCCAGCGCUGGCGCGCACGCCGUGGAUCACGCGUGUGCUCGAUGGCUUCAACGCGCGAUCGGACGCGUCACAUCGCUUGGUCGAAGCGCACCUGGACGCCGCCGCCAGCUUUCUCUUUCUUGCACUGCAUGAAGAGCCACGCGACGACACCAUGUUUGACGCCUUGAUCCAGGUCUAUGGUGCCGGUCUCCUGCCGGGCGUGCGAUGGAUCGUCACCAAGCACAAGCAUUUGCUUCCGAUCGGCUUUGCGUCGCAGGUCGUGGCAUACGUCACUGCGGUGGUCCCGGCGCUCGUCAAGGUGCCGCUGGCACCGCGCCCGGAAAGGCAGCAUUAUCGUACACGAGACGACUUGUUCUCGAAGCCAAAGACGCCCAAGCAGCACAUGCUUGUGCGCGAUGCGAUCGAGCUCCUCCGGUUGCUUGCCCCCGCGCAGCUGCCAGCGUUUGUCGAGGAGUGGCUGCACCGCCUGCCCAAGACGCUGCAAGUGACGGACGAGGUGCUCUUGCCAGUGGCCGCACUCGUCGUCGACGAUGCGCCGCUGUGUCGCCAGCUACUGGACGCGGCGAGCCGGCAUUCUGCCAUCGCACUGUGCAAGAGCUACUCUAACGGGGAUGCCGAAGACGACGAGUGGGACACCUCGUGCUAUGAAAGGGCCAUGGUGCCCCGCAUCCCGGCCACGAUCGCCGACCUGGAGAUGCAAAUGGCGACACAGCGCGACGCAAGCGCGUCAACACCAAAGCGUCAGCGUCGCGCAUAAAAAGUACUCGU